AGAACUCUUUUCUACAAUUGACUCACACUUGUCAUGUAGAACCUUUGUCGUCAUCCGUUACUGGUUGACUCACUAUUGGACGCAUGACUUUAUGAAUUCACAUACACUUCGAUUCAUGUUAUGCACCUUCUUAACCCAGCUUCGUACACAUCCAGCCAUACUUGCCUCUCCUCGAAAUGAACGGAUCGUGAACAACCUAAGGAAGAUCAUGAAGAGACAGCGGCGGUUUUACCGCCAUCUAGACACUGACGAUCAACAACGUGAGCCAAGUUGGACGGGCAAACUGGGACGUACGAUCAGAAAAAGUACCUCAUUUUCAAUGUAUAAUCAUUCUCUUUUGUGUAAACCCUUUCAUGUGGAUCUUUAUCACAGCAAGUUGUUUUCACUUAUUAUCCAUCAGGAUAGUUACAAGUCUGUCGUGCUCAAGCAUCGCUCAGAGAUCAUUGCUCAACAGUUUUGUUUGAUCGAAAAGGAUAUGCUACAGACAGUUAGUUGGGAUGAGCUGAUAGAACUGAGGUGGAGAAAAAAGGGUUCUUCGACAAGACAUUCUGUUAGUCAGGACACAGACUUGAAGGGAGUGGAGCUGUUGAUCGACUUUUUUAACAAGACAUGUCAAUGGGUUACUUGCGAGAUUGUGCGCUCUACACUACUGGAGACGCGUGUUCAAGUGAUUGAAAAAUUCAUCCGUAUAGCAUUCAAAUGUUACCAGCAUCGCAAUUAUAGUACGUUGAUGCAAAUUUUAUUAGGGUUGCAGUCACCGGCUGUAACAAGGCUUGAGAGGACAUGGGAACGAGUGAAUCAGGUUCAAAAAGAUUUACUUAAUCAACUCAAGGAGCUGGCUAAACCUUUUAAGAACUGGAAGAACAUAAGGGAUUGCAUGACAAAAGCGACAGAGGAAGUAACAGAGUCAUUUGCUGUCGAAUGCGUUCUUACUCAGAGCCUAAAGGGGUUUGAGCGCGUUGACGGAUGUAUACCCUUUCUAGGCCUAUAUCUAUCGGACCUUGUCUUCUUGGCCGAGUUACCUACAUUUAUCAAAUCCAAUGCUGAUACCAACAAUGAGGACUACGUUGAGCAUGACAAAAAGCUAUGCGAGAGACUAUGUCAUCCUUUGGUAAACUAUAACAAGUUUCGUAUUACAGCUUCAGUAAUCAAACACGUCUUGACCUUCCAAGUGUUAUCAAGGGCUUAUAAAUUUAAAAUUCACCAACAUUUAUUUACACAGUUACAGACAGUGUCAAUAUUAGAUAAUUCACAAAUAAGAGAGGCUAGCUUUUUAUGUGAAUGAUCACUUUUUGGAUUCACUAAGUUCUUUACUGCCUGCAUUGUUCUUGUUUUUUAUAAAGCAAUCUCUAAAAGCUUGCAUUUCCUCUUUACAUUUUCUCCAGUCUUUGUUUUCAUAAUAGCAUAUCAGUACUCUUUCAUUCUCUUGAAAGCAGCCUGUUUUCUCAAUCCUUGCAUUAUAAGGAUCCUCUUCUUCAUUUGAAUCUUUAUUCAUUACAAAAAAAAAGGGUUUGGCUGGG